CCUGAACUCGAGUUGAUCCCCCGAAAGCAAGAGAAUAUGAUGUGCUUAUAAAGAAAUGGCUCGAAUUGAGCCAAAUUUUCGGGGGUUGUAGAAGCUCAUUGUACAUAGUUUUACUUUUAAACACGGGGGAUACUUAAUACCGUAGUGAUUUUAAUGAAGAAGUGAUCUACAACGUCGGAAAAGAACAACACAUGGAGAGGAAUUACAACACGCACACCGAGACUGCUUUGUUGAUAUGACUGGGUUGGAAUAAGUGGUCAUUUUACGAUAAAACAACGUAUUUUCUCUCUAAUUUUUCUUUCAAGGAGAGAAGAUUCUAAGGGUUACUAAUGCAAGAAGACCUUCGCAUUUACAACUCCAAAAUAAGUGCAUUUAGUAACUUCAAAAAGAUUAAGCUGGAAGCAGUUCCAGAUCUGCAUGAUGUAGUUUCAACAAGAGGACCAAUACGUCCACAUAGCCCUGUAUUUUAUUCAUCAGAGAUUCCACAAUUUAAAUCCCACCAGUCUCAAUUAGAGACUGCCGUAACAAGCACAACUGCUUUUGUUUUCCCACAACACAGGGAUGCAUUUACAAACUUGGAAAACCAAACUCAUAAUUACAUUCGAGCCUCGGCUAUAAAGCUUCGUGAUAAUUAUCACCAGAGAUGUGGUACCAAGCGUAAAUGUGACGAUCUCAAUGCACCGAUGCAGCUCACAGAAACUCAAGCUGUCUCGAGCGAGGAUGACAACACCACCAACAACAAUACAACAACCACAACGACGACGACCACAUCAAAGACGACGUCCUCUUCCAACACAGAGGGUGACUACCAGCUGGUGCAGCAUGAGGUGUUGUACUCGCUCACCAGCCACAACACCUAUGAGGUGUUGGAGUUUCUGGGUAGAGGAACCUUCGGUCAGGUAGUCAAGUGUUGGAAGAAGGGCACAAAUGAAAUCGUUGCUAUAAAGAUUCUGAAGAACCACCCGUCAUAUGCACGACAGGGUCAAAUAGAAGUAAGCAUACUGACAAGACUCAGUCAUGAAAAUGCAGACGAGUUCAAUUUUGUGCGAGCAUUUGAGUGCUUUCAGCACAAGAAUCAUACAUGUCUGGUGUUUGAAAUGUUGGAGCAGAACUUGUAUGAUUUUCUGAAACAGAAUAAAUUUCAGCCUUUACCACUGAAAUACAUCCGUCCGAUUACCCAGCAGGUUUUGACGGCCCUUCUGAAGUUGAAGAGCCUCCACCUCAUCCAUGCGGACUUGAAACCAGAAAAUAUUAUGUUAGUGGACCCAGUAAGGUUUCCUUACAGAGUCAAGGUCAUAGACUUUGGAUCAGCAAGCCAUGUUUCAAAAGCGGUGUGUUCAACGUACCUGCAAUCUCGCUAUUACAGAGCUCCAGAAAUCCUCUUGGGCUUGCCUUUCUGUGAAGCGAUUGAUAUGUGGUCUUUGGGGUGUGUGAUAGCUGAACUGUUCCUAGGAUGGCCUCUAUAUCCGGGCUCCUCUGAGUACGACCAGAUUCGAUAUGUCUCACAAACACAGGGGCUACCUGCUGAACACAUGCUAAGUGCUGCUACAAAGACUACACGGUUCUUUAUUCGAGAGAACACGGACAGUAACUACCCAUUUUGGAGAUUGAAGACUCCAGAAGAACAUGAAGCAGAAACCAAAAUCAAGUCAAAAGAAGCUAGGAAAUACAUUUUCAACUGCCUGGAUGACAUGGCACAGGUAGCUAGGAUCAAUGUGCCAACAGAUUUGGAAGGGAGUGAACUCUUGGCAGAAAAGAUAGACAGGAAGGAAUUCAUUGACCUUCUGAAGCGAAUGUUGACCUUGGAUCAGGAGCGCCGGAUCAUGCCAGGGGAGGCCCUCAAUCAUCCGUUUGCUACCAUGGCACACCUGAUUGAGUAUGCUUGUAGUAGCAUGGUGAAGCAGAGUGUUCAAGCUAUGGAGAUUUGUCGGAGAACUGUAAAGAGUAUAUUUGACAUCAAUCAAAAUGGUGGAGGGUUGAUGUCCAAUCUGGUACCAACAUCCACGGCCAGUCUGACAGUGACUUUCAACAACCAGAUCAAUGCCCUACACACUCAGAUGGCAUCCCAGAACUUGGCUGCUUCCUCCCAUCAGGCUGCACCCGAACUGCAAUAUCUGCCAUACCCGCUACAGUCCCGGCCCUAUAUCCCCUACCAGGCCUCACAGGUCAGCCAGCCCCUCCCCGGGGCCAGCCAACGAUCCAACACACAGUUCAACAGAGCCGACCCCUUCAUACAUGUGUCCUCCAUCGUUGUACCAGGUACUCUCCAAGGUCUAAGCUCGCCAACCAGAUAUAACCAUGUUCCCAUGGUAACACAAGCUGCCCCGACGUUACAGUUGCAGCCGCAGUUAAUAACUCAGCCGACCACACAACAGAUCACGCCCGUAACAAUGCUAGAGGGUGGUAGACCAGUUUUAAUGACAAAUGCCCCAGGAGGUGCAUGGCCACAUGCGGCAGCAGCAGCGGCUGCACAGCAGGUGCUUGUUGGGUCAUGGCAGCAGAUCCCUGGCCUUCCCACACAGCGGUCGGUCCAGCAGCCCUUACUCACAGAAACUUUGGCAUCACAAGCUCUCCCAGACAGCUGGCGCCAGUCCAUUGUACUCGACAGCUUCGACCAAUCCUCGUUAGCCCCAUUGGGGUCAACAUCACAACAGUGGAACAUAGGAAUGGUCCCCACUACCUAUAGUCUGAGUGGGCAGCAAUCCUCUUCCCAGUCGAGUAAACGUCAGACAAAACAGGGAAGGACGUCUAUGAAAGAGCCUACGUCCACUCACCUGUCUCCAGUCAAAAAGCGUGUGAAGGAGAACACGCCGCCAGACUCAUUGCUCCAGCAAGAUGCAGCACAGGCCCUGUGUAACUGGUCCAUGUCCCAGGGGAGGGAGCAACGUCAGCCAAUUGUGAUAGCGGACACUCCAAGCCCAGCUGUCAGUAUCAUCACCAUCAGCUCGGACAGCGAUGAUGAUGCCGACCACAAACAUCACAGUCGCAGGGGUAAAAAUAACCCAGGCGUACAUUUUGUGCAGCCUACUACACGGAAUACACAAGCAUUUACCUCCUCUUUGGCAAGUUCUGCGGUAGACUCUUUCGACUCCCUGAGAGGAAGGAAGAACAACAGCAGCGUGAUAGUGGCUGAUGCACAGGACAAUGAGUUGGAGGAGAAUAUCAACUCCUACAACAAGAAGCAGAUUAUCCUCACACCUAUCAAGCAUGAGGAGGUGGAGCGUUCCACUCUGGCCACUGACCCAUCCCACUACCUGUACAGCAACAGUUUAAAUCUACCUAGUACCACUACUACGGCGCAGGUGCCCCCCAUGAUGUCAAGCAGCUUUGACACCAAGCCGAGGAAAACACGGGAACAGGCAAAGGUUUCGCCUUACAUGGCUAACAUUCCAAAGCAAGAACACUGUGUUCCUUCAUCAGUCGGGAGAAGCCAUGAGAAAAACCGUGGCAUGCGUAGUCCCAAGCUGGAAGUUAGGCUUCCCCCGUUGGAGGUGGAGAUUAAUAGUGCUGCACUUCAAGGCAAACUUGCUUAUGUGUCGCCAACAGUGCGGCCAGGACAUAGCUCACAGAAGAUGGGCGCCACCCAGAGUAUCGUGUCUCAGACUGGUUCAGUUUUAGGAGGCAAGCACUGGUCAGGCAAUAUUAACUUUGGUAGUCGACAUGCUGCUGGCACAAGCCAGCUUUCGCCUGUACAAGGGAGUGUUUCACUCACACAGCCUGUUUUUCUAAGUGCCGGUACACAAAUGGAAUUUAACAGAGACUACCGCCGACCCCCUACCCUACAGGGAAGUCCAAUCCACCACUACCUUCUGCCCGCUCACCAACAGCCACAAGUUGCUGCUAUCCCGGCUGGCAUCAGUCAAUAUGCGCCUUUCUCUCCCAGUGUGGCUCCGCCUCCGGCUCACCAGAGCCCACGUCACGUCCAAUACACCACCCAGCCAUUACCAGCACAUGUACACCCAGUUCUGCAGUCGUCCACCCUGCCGGCGGGGCCGUACCAGCCUCAGCUCACCUCACAAUAUGGAGUGGGAACUGCCACUACUGGCUUGUAUGCGACCUACCCUCUCAGUCCCAACAAGGGCAGAUCAUAUCAGUAUUUCGCAUGAUUUCUAAUCUUUGUGUAUGGCAGCUGAACGACUAUCAAAUUCCUUGUAUACAGUCCACCCUUGAUUUUCUAAAGUUUAAAUCAUGUAUUGAAUAUGCAUCGAAAUCGUUGCAAAAUUGACUGCAUCGAACCUUUUAAUCAGGUGGGGAAAAAAAGAGACGAUUGAUUUUUAUCUUUUUGUUCUUAUCGCAAUUUUAUAAAGUUUUUAAGUUUCAUUACAGAAAUUAUAUUAGGGACUUACGAAAGUUUGGUUUUUUUAAAGAAAUUUAACUUGUAUCAUUUAGAUUUAAUUGAGAGUGAUCUGUAUACUAUUAUAUUCUAGUACUAUAUCAAUGGUGCUAUAAUCGGACAUUGUAACAACACAGACUGAGUGUAACUAUGGCAACAGAAGUGUGUGGGCUAUGACAGGCUAAAUUGAACAUACAGCACAACUUGCGUGCACAGGAGAUAUUACCGAGAACCUGGUGCAACAUCAUCAAAGUUGGCAACACAAGCACCAGUCCAUGGAUCUGUGUUGGUGGUGGUGCCAAUAAUCAAGCUGGUGGAUCAUCAUAGGUGGCAGUACUAGUCUGGUGAAUCAUUGUUGAUGUUGUCACCAGCAACUGAUUGUUCGAUGCUAGUUGGUGGCAAUGCCAAGAAUGGAUGGUUGGAUGUUUGUUGGUGGCGACGCCAGCAAUCGACUGUUGGAUGAUUGUUGGUUGCGACGCCAGCAAUCGACUGUUGGGUAUUUGUUGGUGGCGACGCCAGCACCAGACAAGUGUAUCAUCAUAGAUGGUGCCACAACUCAGACAGAUGUUGUAGGUGGCAGCACCAACACCCAAACUGUUCCAUCAUACACAGGUGGCGACACAAGCACCUCCAAGGCCACAUGGUCAUUUCAAAAAUGGUGCAGUGAGGCAAAGCUUGGUUGUGAUCUUUUAAAUGAAGCGUUUCAAAAUCUUUAAAGCAAGACAAAUAAUAGAUGAGAGCAAAAACAAUUUCACUUUUUUGUCAAAAUGAAGGAUUUUUGCUAGAAAAAGUUCCAUUAAUUGAUCUUUUUGAAAAAGAAAUGAUAAAACACUGGAAUUUUCAAUACCAGAGGUUUUCAAAUUGCUUUAAAGGUGUUGAUAAGCUUCAUGUGUUUUUUUAAAACUUUGAUAUAUAAGAGGAAAGUUUAAUUGUCAUCAUGCUUACAAAUUUAUAAGGUAAUCUUGGAACUUUGUAUUUUCAAUCUUAGGCUUUUAUAUCAAAGACUUUAUUGUCAUGUGAAAUGUGCAUGUUCGUUAAACAGUACUGUGUUUCUAUCUGCUUCCAAGAGAUCAUCGUUCCCGUCUGUGUUGCCCACACAUUUGAUAUUUUAUCCAUCAUUUAACUGUACAGUGGUAUAGGGUUAUCAAACUUUCUAUAGAGAUAAUAUCUUAAUACUAGACAAGCAUUUAUGUGGUUUACAUGGCAUUAGAAUCAUUAAUUUAUCGUCAUUUUUACCUUCACAUGUAUUCGCUGUAUAUUCAUUAUUAAAUUUGAGGAGUGACUUCAUAGGAAAUCAAUUUUAGACGUUUGAUAGAUGUACAGUGAGAAGCUUCAAUUUCGUACGAUGUAGUCUGUCUGCUGGUCAUAUUUAGCAAAUGAUAAGGCAUGUAAAGGAAGUAGCUCCAAACAAUAUAGUCACUAGUUUUUUUUUGGAACAUAUAUAUCUGUAUUAAUAGAUUCCCAGAUGGGGCCAUAAUAUAUAUACAUGAUUUUUUUUUAAUUCAUUUUAAUAAUUAAUGAUAAUCCCAAUAUAUAUUUUGUAAUUUUUUUUAGCAAAUUGUCUGGAUAAUGCCUGUUUUAAGUUGAUUAUUUUACAUAAUGCAAUUUUUAGCAAAUACUGUAUUCAAUUUUAACUAGCUAUAAAUAGUGAAACUCUACUUCAUUGCCUUCAAGCAUUUUAAAGAUGACAGCAGACUCGGAGAAUGACUACUUGCAUCUGGAUUGAAUCCAGACUUCAAUCAACACUGAAUGUCAAUUGCUUCGGUUUGGUUCACAUAUUUGUCAGUGGAUUAUGAAUUUCCUUAUAUAUUACCUGAUAUGUAUGAGAAGUGAUUGAACCCAAUUGACAAAAUGUGAUACUUACUAGCAGGUAUGAACUAAACCAUGAAAUUUUAUAAAACAAGUCAAAAGGAAUGAAUUUGUUGAUAGCCUUACUGCCUAAGGUUUAGAUGAAAUUGUAUGCAUAUCUACAGAUUAAUUAUAAUGCUUCACAUUCUGUUGUGAACAUCCUUAAAUUGCUUCCCUGGCAUUUUUCGAGUGAAUUUGUGAUACUGAAUCUAGUGUGAAAGUUAUUGAAAGACUUCUUUCAAUUAAAAUUUUUGAAUUGGGUUUAGCUGGAUUUCAGUAACAAGUUCUACAGCAUUUACUCACUGGUGAUACAUUUCUAUUUACCUAGGAAGGACGUUUUAUGAGGACUCGCUAGGUAAAACUGGUCUACUUUUGAUUUUGCAUUGAGUCACUCUUUUUUUUUUUUUAAUGCCAUCUCUUUAUCAACAGUAUUUACACCAUUGUAUAAUAGUGAUGUUUAAUUUUGUGCAGCUGUUUCUAAUCUGUGGUAACAUGGUGUUGUUUUAAUAUGCUUGAAUUUGUACAGUGUAAAUUUUAUCUCGUAGUGCCUGUGAUGAACUCGACGGAGAGAAGUAAUUCAUAAUUGAAGAAACACACCACAAAUAUUUGUGUCAAUGAAAUGUGUUUACCUUGUGUUUGUCUGAAAGUAAAAUCAUACAAUAUGCCAAUACAAUUGUAGUAAAUAUAUUAUAUUAUUAUCAUAUAUAUAUAUAUUAUAUAUCAAUCAAGUGCACUAUUUUUCUAUCAAGUAAUGAAUUGUAAAGACAAUAUAUAAAUAUCGAUAUUAUGUAAAUUAGUAUUUUAUGAUUGUUGUAUUUAGUUUUAAUUGUACUUGGUGCACAUAGUGUAAGUCUUUCUCUCCCAUAUUUAAGUACCUGCCCAUUAGAUACCAUAGCAAUACCGCUAAUUAGUACAUUAUUUAUCUGAAUGUCCUCGUAGUAUAGACCCCCUCUAACAUCCUGUGUAGCUUUGUGUCUGAGCCAUAUAUGGUGCCAUUAUUAUCAUUAUUAUUAUAUCUAAUAUUAUAUGAAGUUCAAUAGGGCUUUGCAAAAGUCCAUGUACAGUAAAAUGAGCUAUAUUUUUUAACUUGGGAGAAGUUGUCAAGUAAGAGGGAAUGAAGAAUGAACUGCAUGAUAUUCACAAGAGUAAUUCUUUUUUGGGUUUUAUUUUCUUUUCUUUCUUUUUUUUCUCUGAAAAUUUGCCUAGAAAAAAUUGCUGUACUGAGUGAAGGAAUACCGCUGUGGAGAUGCAGUGGACAAUUUGUAUUAUACAGUGAUAUGUAGAUAUGGUUUUCCCCCUUGACGAAUAAUGUAUUUUACAUACAUAGAUGUAAAAGUAGAGGCCUUCGGGAAAUGUUACAUGUUUUUGACCAGACACCCGUGUUUGUGUUUAUGCACAUAAACCAUUGUGAUACUCAAUGUUUGUACAAAGGGAAACAUUAUGCCAAAGUUUGUGUAGAUUUUCGAUUGUUGACCUAGCAUGAUGGUAAUAUCAUUAGAAUGUCAACCUCACCUAACAUUGUAUAAUAUGUAUGUUGUAUAAGUGUGUGUUAACUGUAGGCCAGGUCAUGUUUUAACACUUGCCAGUAUUUGGGAUGUGGAUAGUCUUUCAUAACCUAUUUCCUUGUUGUUCAGUCUUAUUUUUUUAUGAAUUUUUCAAAGUAUUUCAUGAGAAGAUUUUCCAAAGUAGUAAGAUAACAUCAGUAAAAUUAUAUGAUUGAUACAGAGCUAAAAAAAAUAUUUCGCUUUCUUUUCAUGAAACUUGAUUGGAUAUUACAGUUGUAAUUAAUUAUAAAUAAUUAGUUUGAAUAAAUUGUAGGGCUGAAUGUGCCGCCCUAACAGUGGAUUGUGAUUACGAAGUGCUGCAGUUGCUUCCUCCCCCAUCCCUCCCUCUCUCAUAAUAUCAUUGUCGUUCCAAUAUAAAGUGUAGUUCAGCACCAUUCCUGCACCCAUUACUGGCCUCCACUGCCAUUUAUCUUAACACUGUGGACAUCAGUAUUCCCAUCACUUGACAAUGUGUUCAGACAUAAUAUAUUACUGCUAGCAUUGCUAGUGUUUGUUACAAAUUUCUGAAAUUAUAUCCUAUUAACAUUAUGUAAAGAUAUAUUCUCAUAAAAGGGCGCACAUCAAUUAGAAAAGUAAUGAAUGGAUGACUGGGUCACAAAAGCAAUAAUAUGCAGAAAUUUUUAGUUGUAUAUAUUUAAGUUCAUUCAUGCCUCAUAGCAAGUACAUACCCUGAAGUGUGGGUGUUAUUUUGGUGCAAUUUCAAGUUCAUUCCUCAUAAUGAGUCUACUACCCUGGUACUGAUUUAUUUAACCACAUAAUGUCUAAAGUCAGCUGUCAUAAUGCUUAUUAUGUUACCUCUUACAUUGUAAUAAGAAGUCCUCUUCCCUCACAUAACCACAUACUAUGUCCAACGUUAGCUGCCGUCAUAUUUAUGUUAUCAUAUUUAUCUUAGAUGGCAUUUUGACAUAGAUCCAUUUUGUUUAGAACUAUCCCUAAUUAAACAAGUUUGACAUAACAAACUCGUAAUCCUGAAUGUUUUGGCUAAUUUGUCUGUAUUUGUACAUGGACUCUCAUAAUGGCUAUAGUUAGCACAGAUAAUGUGAUAAAGUUAGUUUUCUGGCAACAUGUAUCAAUGCUAUACAUAAAAUGUUGCCAUUAGUCAACAGCAUAGCCCAAGUAGGUCCCAAAGCAGUUCAUCUUGGUCACCAAUCCCUGUAAAAUCUUUAAAAAAUAAAACUGAACAGCUGAUUUAAUUCUACCUGUGUGUGUUCAUUUGAUUAUAUUAACUAUUAUCAAUAAUUAUUGUUGUGUUUCAGCAUUACUUAUAACAUUGUAGUACAGAAGUUACACAUUUGUUGGUGCACCAUACUUGUAUAGCUGUAGCAAGUUUUUGGUUUAGUUUUUUGAUUCAUAUAAAUCUGGUGUGUGUGUUGUUUUCUUCAGUGAUUUCUGAUAGAAAUAUUAUUUAUCACAAACUUUUUUUUUGUUGUUUAAGAAAGUUAGAUUUGAUUUUAAAGUUUGUUCGUAGUUUCAUUUAUAGAAGAAAAUCUUAUCAAUUAAGAAUGAAAUAUAUAUUUUGAUAAUAGAGGAUGCAUGUUACAGAAGUGGUAGAGCACAGAAUUAUCAAAACUCAGUGUUUGGUAGCAUAGCACAGCAAUAGUUUUUGUUUUGAUUAGAUAGGUUUUAGAAUUGGUUUUGGGUAUUAUUAAUUAAGAUUUAUUAUAGAAUAUUUUAUUACAAUUUGAACAAACAGUAAUCCAGUGAUACUUACAACUCAACAGACAAGGUUUUGGAAAUGUGUACUUCGGUAGUCCAGUUUGUAAUAAGGUUUUGUUGAGUUUUGUCUGAACUUAGUGUUAAAGUGUUUGUAGAAUAGUUUCCUUCAAUUAUGCAUAGUUUGAAAAUGAGUCUCAGCGCCAUUCCAUUUAAUGAGUUUGUUCAAAUUUGUAAUGUUGCCUCGUGCGAUUAGAACUCAAUUCUUUGAGAUAAUCAUGUGUUGUUACUGUAUUCAUUGAUGUUUGAAUUGUCAUGUAUUCGGAUAUCAUAGCAUUUUCUUCUUACACUGUAAAUUGUCAUAUUUAUGCAAAAAAGAAUAUUUAAAGUUGUAUUUUAAAACUUGAUGAAAUUUUUGUCCCAGUUUUGAAAUCUGGAGAUUCCUUUUUUCCCCUCACAAGCUUGUCAUUGGAAUUAACAUGUUAUAUUGAUACUGUAAUAACAGAACAGUGCUUGAUACCACCAUCCAACAUUCACAUACUAGGGUCGCAUAUAUAUUGGUUUUGGUAAACAUUUUUAGUGAUCAGUUUGUAUUGUGAAUUGACCACCAUAACUGAAUUAUCCAGUUUUGAAAUUUCCAUGCUAUUCAUGAAGAAACCUUUUAAAACAUUAUUUAGCAUACCGGGUAUAUUAUAUGUUAAUUUAGAUGGUGUUAGCAUAUGAAAGUUGUUAAUGAUUUGAAAAUAUUUUCUGUUUUGAAAUGGGGGCAAAAGAAUAUGUCUUACAGAAGAAUUUCUGUAUGGUAUACAAAUGAUUUUAUGAUGCAAGUGGAAAAAGGAAAAUUGUGGAGACAUUUGAAUUUAAAGCCAAUAUCUUCAUCUGUAUCAUGGGAAUGGACAAAACACUUGAGCAUGCACCUAACAAUGCUUUAUCACUACUCAGGGUAGGUUAGAUAACCAGACAUUGAUAACGCUAUUUUGAAUCAAAUUAAUGAUCUGUCUUGUAAGUCGUGAGCCCAGUUUUGUGUAUUACUGUGUUACUGUAUUAGCCCAUAUAAACGGGAGGUAUGUCAUAUCAAUAUUGAAGAUAUCCAAAGUUUUAUAAUGUAAUAAUAUUAGCUUGCCUUGUUUAUUAUUAAUAAUACUAUAUUUAUAUCAUCAUUUGUCAGACACAUUUCAUUUGUGGAAGGUAUACACGUUCUACAGAAAGUUCCCAUACCAUAGCAUUAAUAGCAUAUUUCUUGCGGAGAAAAAGAGCUUUGAAUGAUAUAGAUAGUAGAUCAUCAAAUAAAAACAUACCUCUCUGCAUACCUGUCUCAAGUCCUGCUGUAAGGAAGUACUUUUACUCGGUUCUUAAUCGUUAUACUGGUCUAACUUAUAAUAGAGGAAUUUUUUGUAUAUACUUCUUGCCAUAUUUACUAAAUGUUCGCUGUUAGAAAUUCUGGCCAGCUCCUGUCUGAUAUUUACUGUGAUGUCUUUGAGAAGGCAUGUUAACGUAAUCAGAUUGUCUGCCAUGAAGAUGGUUUUCACAAAAGUUAAUUAUUUGUAAUCUUUAUGUAUUAAUCAAUAAUUUCAACAAACUGCAACUUUGGUCAUAGUAAGGUUUUAGCUUCUGUUCAUUUUCACUGUCAAUUGUGGUUUUCUGGUAAAUUGAUUGAAUACUUGCUUGCUCAGGUAACUGAUAUUUGUCCACAUUAAGAGGGCAUUACUGACUGUUCUACUGUACUCUGUUCAGUAAGUCUACUCGACACUGGGAGGGGGGCAGGUACAUUAUCACAAUUCUUGUUAAAAUAUUUGUAUAUAUGCGGGUAUAAUGUUCAGUCUGAUGGCAUUCUUUAUAAUACUGUAUUAUUUGUCAAAAUUUUCGUUAUGGCAUGGACCCAUCUGUUCAAUAACCCAUUUCAUUAUCAACCACACUAUUUAAUCUGUCGAUAGAUGAACAUUCAUUUUAUUGUGAAAUGAAAAAAACAGGUUACUAGCUUUCCAUGAUAAUUGUCACAUCCAGAUAUGUUCAGUUGUACACUAUUCUUGUCGAGAUUUUUAUCCUCGUUAUCAUAGUUAUAUAUAUAUAUAUAUAUAUUUUGCCAUAUCAUAUCGGGUUUUUUAUUGUAACAUUUUUAACACCACGAUAAGGUGUGUGUGCGUGUGUGUGUGUUUUCCAACUUAGUAUCCUCACAUGGAGAGCUAUAGUGUAUGUGAAUUGUUACCCCCGAGUUUGAUCUCAAUUAUAAUCGGUUUUAUGUUAAUCAAUUGUAAGGGUUUGUUAUUAUCAAUUUAAUUCUUAGACAUUUCCUUUUUAGUAUGUUUUUUCCUUAUUACUUUUUCUUGGCACACUCUUGGAUUGAAUUGGAUGUUAUAAAGCAAGAGAGAAAAGCACAAGUCUGGUAUUUGUGACUUCUGUAAACUAUAAAAAUCCCUUUUAGUAGGAAAUGAUAGACUUGGAUGGACAAAAAAAUGAAACUUGAAAAAACAUUCCUAAUAUAAAGUAUUCUGAACUUUAAGUUGAACAAACAUUGAUGCACAUCUAUUGGUUUAAAGUUUCAAGUAGUUUUUGUGAUGUUUCAAGAAUACAAUUUCUCUGAUUUUAUAAUUGGAAUAUUUCAUGACUGAAAAUCACUUCGAGAUGUUCAUCUACCAUUAACAGUUAAUUUAAUGUCAUAAUUUGAAGAUCGAAUAUCUACUGAAAAAUAACUAUCCAGAGUGUUGCCAUUUUUUUUAAUUAUUUUAAUUUGAUUUUAAUUAUGAACAGAUUAUACUUAGUAUUUUGUAAUCCUUCAUUAUGAUACUACUCAUUUUGUCUAGUCAGUGGUAGACAGUUGUCGUGGUUAUACAGUUAUCCAGUGUGCUAUAUCUCGCCGUAGUCGCUCAUCCAUACAUAUCCUUUUUUUUGCUAUUUAUUUUCAUUUAUGUAGUAGAUUUCAUUUAAGGUUUUAAGAAAACAGAAGCGAGUAAAGGGACUAGAAACUGCUUCACAGAAUAGCUUAGGGAAGGAUUAUGGUUUUCAUCAGAGAAUACACACACCUUUUUCAGCCUCGUUCGAUAUUAUGGUUGUCUUGCAAUUUUACUUAUUUUAUGUAGUUCAUCAAUUCAUUAGCAAUUAUUUCAUUGACUUUUGAAUUUCUUGUAAAUUUGAUUUAAAUUUGAUAUCAGAUUAAUUGCUUUCCAUAUAAGUUAAUAUUCAGAAUGCAUUUUUUACUCGCCUGGUCCAAAGGACCUUAUGCUGUGGUGCAGUGUCUGUUGUCACUGAUCAGGCUGAUGACUAAGUUUGGCAUGAAACCAAAGUUUUACUUUAAUUUUGUAUAGGUCCCACCUGGAUGAAGGGUUUAGAUUUUGUAUAAAUGUGUAAGUCAUGUUUCUGUUCCCAGGACAUUUUCAGCAGGCUAUUGCAAUGGGUAAAAGCCUGUCUCUGAACAGGUGCUUGAACUUUGGGGUUGAUUAUAAGAAGACAAUUGGAUACCUUGAUAUUUUAAAUUGGUUCCCGAUUUCAACAAAACAAUUACAAGCUAACUUAUUUUUCCAUUACAAAAUGAUAUUUUAAUACUUCUACUCAAAAGAAAACAGAAAGAAUUUGCUUCGAAAGAAGUGUUUUAAUUCACAUAGAAAAAGAUACAGGUGACGAAUAAUGGCCCAGUGGUUAUCAGGUUUAGAAAGCCUGCCUUACUAUAAUGGCGGUAUAAUGGCGACUGCCCAUUACACUAUUUAGUGAUUGUAAUUUUUCUCAUAUUUUUGUUAGUAUCCUUCAUUUUAACCACUGCAAUUUUUAAAUUAUAUUCCAUUUCUUUGUUGACAUUGAUGCCUGCAUUUGUUAGGAGUGUGUAUUGGUCAGAGAGUCCUAUGUAAUCCAGUGUUUCACCGAGGUUUAGGCUGGAAUUUCAUAUGGGUGUAGCAUUCUUAAAUCUUAUAAACAAGGAUGAAAAUAAGUUAACUUUCAUAUAUAAUUCAAUUAGGUAUGUUAUACUAUUUAUCAUUCAUGAAUAUUUCUCCAAUAAUUGGGAUGGUUUUUAUUCUGGACUCUGAAAGAUAGUUCUAUUGUUAUUCUAAUGUUAAUUAGUAAUAUGGUCUUGUUUUGUAUGGAUGGGUUGGAUGAAUUACUGGUUUCGGUCCACGGCCCCCUUUAUCAAUAGACACUCCUAACUAAUGCAAAGUAUUAUCAUUAUUACCCAUAUUAUUGCACAUCCAUUGCCUGUUUUUUGACUUUAAUGAUUUUGUCGUUUUUUUGUGUUUAACCAUAAUCCAUCGUUGUAUUAUAACACUGGUGUGCAAUAUUUCCAGUACUACAGACAGAUUGGUGUCACAAUAGAAUCACUUUGGUAUGGGUCGCUAUACGCCAUUAUUUGUUGCUAACUUGUGAUGGUAGUUUCCAGCAGGAGUUGUUUAACAUCAGAUGGUUGAUCUAUCAGAUAACAUUCACCGUGGGAUCAAUAGCACUAUUAAAAAUUGAAUUCACCAUUUAA